AUGGUUUGGGACCGCCGUGAAAAGAAGGAGCAGCCAUCGCCGCUCCCCUCGCAGAAGGCCCGUGAUUCAGGGGAUUCGGGCCAUGCACGCCUGCACGAGCUCGGCUACAAGCAGGAACUCAAGCGCGACCUCUCAGUUCUGUCGAACUUCGCCUUCUCGUUCUCCAUAAUAUCUGUGCUGACCGGCAUCACCACCGUGUACAACACCGGGUUGACCUACGGUGGGCCCCUCUCAUUUGUCUACGGAUGGCUGGUCGCCGGCGCAUUCACAAUGUUCGUCGGCUACUCCAUGGCCGAGAUUUGCUCCGCCUACCCGACCUCCGGCGGGCUCUAUUAUUGGAGCGCCAAGCUCGCGGGCCCGGGCUGGGCCCCCUUUGCCUCCUGGAUCACUGGAUGGUUUAAUAUUGUUGGCCAGUGGGCAGUCACGACGAGUGUCGAUUUUUCACUGGCACAGUUGAUUCAAGUGAUAAUCCUCCUCAGCACGGGUGGGAACAAUCGAGGGGGAUAUAUGGCAUCUAAGUACGUUGUUAUUGCAAUCCAUGCCGGUAUUUUGCUCUUGCAUGCUGCCCUUAACAGCCUUCCGAUAUCGUGGUUAUCCUUUUUCGGACAAUUUGCUGCCGCAUGGAAUGUUUUAGGUGUUUUUGUUCUAAUGAUACUCAUUCCAUCGGUCGCAACUAAAAAAGCAAGUGCCGAGUAUGUUUUCACCCACUUUAACACGGACAAUGGAAGAGGUGUCAACAGUAGAUUUUACAUAUUCAUUCUAGGACUUUUGAUGAGUCAAUAUACCCUAACAGGGUAUGAUGCAUCUGCACACAUGACAGAGGAGACUAAGAACGCGGAUGAGAAUGGGCCAAAGGGAAUAAUAAGCUCCAUUGGCAUAUCUAUAAUUGUGGGGUGGGGUUACAUACUUGGAAUCACUUUUGCAGUGACCGAUAUCCCGAGCCUUUUGAACCCGGAAAACGAGGCAGGUGGCUAUGCCAUUGCCGAGAUAUUUUACCAAGUUUUCAAGAGUAGAUAUGGAAACGGUGCUGGUGGAAUAGUCUGCCUUUGUAUAGUUGCAGUUGCUAUAUUCUUCUGUGGCAUGAGUUCGAUCACAAGCAACUCUAGAAUGGCGUAUGCAUUCUCAAGAGAUGGUGCCAUGCCAUUUUCGGAGUUUUGGCAUAAGGUGAACAAGCAAGAAGUCCCCAUAAAUGCUGUCUGGAUGUCGGCAUUGAUAGCGUUCUGUAUGGCACUUACGUCGCUCGGGAGCUUAGUCGCAUUCCAAGCCAUGGUAUCAAUAGCCACAAUUGGGCUCUACAUAGCUUACGCCUUACCAAUCUUUUUCCGGGUGACCUUAGCUCGAAAAUCUUUUAAUCCCGGGCCUUUCAACUUGGGGAAAUACGGAGUUCUCGUCGGUUGGGUUGCCGUUAUAUGGGUGGCAACAAUUUCGGUCCUUUUCUCGUUGCCUGUUGAGUAUCCCGUUACGCCCGAAACCUUAAACUACACACCAGUUGCUGUUGGGGGGCUUCUCAUUCUUACGGUGUCUUCUUGGGUCUUCAGUGCUCGCCACUGGUUUAAAGGACCUAUCACAAAUAUAAGUAGCUAA